AUGCGUCUCUCGUUGAUAUUGGUACUCAGCAGCCUGGCCGUAGCGUUAGAGCUUGCUGAAAGCUCAUGCUCGACAACAGUCUUGGUGACUGAAACAACGACUUCGACCGAAGUAGCCACAGCUACAGCUCUACCCUUUGCGGUUACUGUUGCAACAGAUGACGCCGGCAAGUUUACAGAUAUUGGAAAAGCCAUCUCUUAUGCCCAGAAGCAUGCGAUCCCCACAGUCACCGUGUUGGCUGGCACCUACCCAGCGAUCACCGUCUCCGCUACACCGUCUGUUGCUGUCAUCGGUCAACCCAAAAGUCAGAAUGAUUACUCCCAGAACAAGGUGACAAUCGCAGAUGACAAUUCCGCACUCAUAAUAACGGCAAGCAUCGAUGGAAUCGAAUUCAAGAAUAUCGACUUCGUCAACACUGGCUCAGGAAAAGCAGCAAUUAUCGCCGGGGCCAAGAAUGUUUUGUACAAUUGCCAGUUCAUCUCACCUGCAAUCAUUCUGCUCAAGUACGGAGGUCGAGUUGCAGACACCAAAGGGAGUACAUCAAGCGGAACUCUUCUCAACUCCACAACUGUCUUAGAUCGAUGCAUUGUAUCCGAACAGUCCGGUGGUUCUGACGAUCAUAUUUACCUUGUCGCCGCAAAGGGUCCCGGUUCGGUCGUUGUGUUUCGUAGCUCCGGCCUCGAAAGCUCGAUCGCUGGGUCGGGGGUCCACAUUGAUGACACAACCCAGGACGAUAGAAACCUACAUGCCGAGUAUAGCAAUACUGGUCCUGGUGCAUAUGCGAACAAUAUAGACAAACGUUCGGAGUUUGUGAGCCUACUAUCAUCCGCAGACCUUGCUCCCUUCACAAUUUCUGCGGUUCUCGCUGAUGCGGAUCCAAAGGUGGCAAUAUCGGACUCUGCUGUUCUAUCUGCCAUGGAAAGCGCGGACGUGGUAGCUCCACCGACCACAUCUUCCACCAACCCUGGUGGCGGGACCUCCUCCGAUGGAAGUGGUGAUGGAGAUAGCGGAGACGGGGGUUCGGCUGGUGGGAAAGGUUCUGGAUCUUCUAACAAUAGUUCUGGAGAUGGAAACGGGAAUGGUGAUGAUUCUUCAAGCUCUGGCUCGUCAGAUUCCGAAGAUGGAUCCUCUGGCUCUGAAGAUGGCAGUGGAGAUGGCAAUGGAUCCUCUGGUGGUGAUGGGGGAGAUGAUAGCUCAUCUGGUUCGGGAGAUGGCAAUGGCUCUAGCUCUGGAGAUGGCAGCUCAUCCGCCUCAAACACUGACACUGGAUCAUCCGGGGAUGGCAGUGGGAGUGGAAGUGGAAGUGACAGCGACGAUGGCAGUGGCGGCUCCGCGACGGGCAACGCCCAACCAUCAACAACUUUGGUCGUCUCAACCUCCCACUCCUCCGGUCAGUUUAACAACGUCACUGCUGCUCUUUCUGCCCUACCGGACAAUGGGGACUGUACUAUCCUCAUUCAAGCGGGUGAUUAUGAGGAGCAAAUUUCUAUCACCCGAUCCGGGCAGACUACCCUGCGGGGAGAAACCCACUUCCCCCCAACGACUACACGCAGAACAAAGUCACCAUAA